CUUGGUUGUUUGAUUUAUUCACUUGUGGUUGGCUGGUUGGGUGGGUCAAACAUUCAUGUUUGGCUCAAGGGCUUAUAUCUAAUUUUUCUCUUUGUCUAUCAUCUUUUUUGCAGAAGAGACUGUGAGUUGCUCAACAAAGGACAAAAAAGGCAGAUGUCCUAGAAGCUGACAUUUACCCACAGACAUGGGGCGCUACUACAGACUCCAUUUCAAGACUAUGGUUUUUCUGGCAGUCCUGCAGGUGACAAUAGUGGUUUUGUUCCACAGCUGGUACAUUUGUCAAAGUUCUUCCAACUAUGUUCCGCCUCAACGCAAAGUUCAUGUUCUGCUGCUCUCAUCGUGGCGUUCAGGUUCGUCCUUCCUGGGUCAGGUUUUCAGUCAGCACCCGUCUGUUUUCUAUCUAAUGGAGCCCGCCUGGCACGUGUGGUCUAAAAUGGAACAAUCUAGUGCACGGGUCCUUCGAAUGGCUGUAAGAGAUUUGAUACGGAGUAUAUUCCAGUGUGACUUCUCAGUAAUGGAUUCCUAUCUGCCAGAAAACUACAACAUGUCCUCCUUGUUUAUGUGGGCUGAAAGUCGGGCACUUUGUGCGCCUCCAGCCUGUUCUCUCACAGUGACCAACGUGACACAAUGUAAAAAUAUAUGUGAUGCUCCGGGCUUGCUCAAGGUUGAGAAGGCCUGCAACAGAUACAGUCAUGUGGUGUUAAAAGAAGUGCGAUUUUUUGAGCUGGAAUCCCUUUACCCACUUUUGCAAGAUCCAAAUCUGGACCUCCGCAUUAUUCAUCUGAUCCGGGACCCUCGGGCAGUGUUGAGAUCCAGAGAGGUAGCAUCCAAAGCACUUAUGUCAGACAGCUUUAUUGUCUUAGAGAAGAAAAGUACACCUUUCUAUACGGUCCAAUAUCAGGCCCUGCAGGAAAUUUGCCAUAGCCACAUACGCAUCAGCAAAAGAGCGAGCUUAAAACCUCCUCCAUUUUUAAAAGGCCGCUACAAACUGAUACGCUAUGAAGAUCUGACCUUAAACCCACUGAAGGAAAUCAACAGUCUGUAUGAGUUUGCAGGUUUAGAGAUGACCAGUGAGAUUGGGGAAUGGAUCUAUAAAACGACUCAUGGAAUUGGGAAAGGCACAAAGAAACAGGCUUUCCAAAUCACCUCUAGAAAUGCGACCCUUGUCUCUCAGGCUUGGCGGACCACGUUGCCAUUCUCCAAGGUCAAACGUGUUCAGGACAUUUGUAAAGAGGCCAUGGAACUGCUUGGCUACAAGACUGUUGACAGUUUUAAAGAGCAGAGGAAUCUUGACAUAGAUCUGCUAGUUCCAAAAGUCCCACAUCAGUUCAGCUGGAUACCAGGUAAAGCUGAGAAGAAAGAGAGUUAAAUAUGAAUGACAGUUUAUUACCAAAAGACCUCACAGACCUCAGCCUCCUGUAUCAACUGUAUCUACAAGGUUUUGCCGACUGAUUGUCCAGYGAUUUGAAUAACAGAGCAAAACCAUUGACUUGUGGUAAACGGAAAAAACAGCGGUCUCUGCAUUCCAUAAGGGGGAGUUUUUUGGCUGUAUGGAUGUAGUUUGGCCAAACUGUGAUUACAGGAGAUUGGAAUAUCCAUCCAUGUUUUUAUGUCUUUAAGACAUGCUUGUAGUUUAAAUAUUUGAAAAAUUGAAAUUCAAUAAUUUAUUAAAAUACUUAACUGUUUAUCUGUAAGCUCACAAAAACCUAUUACAUUCUAACAUACAAGUAGAUUUGGUUAAGAUCUAUGUGUAGGCUACAUUAAGAGAAUGAKAAACAUUAGUUUUCUGAAGGAAUAUGGAAAAUCACAUGAAUCCAUAUAAAUAGUUGUUUGGGUUGGUGUUUUAAUUUAGUUUUUUUUUUGUAAUUUACUUUUAUUUGAACAUAUGCUGGGGGACAAAAAGGAGCUGAUAAUAAAAGAUUUAUUCUUCUUCUGUCUUUCAUUUUCUUUGAUUUUUGAUUACAUGUUUUUGUUUUCUGUUGUGUG